AUGACUUUUACCGUUAACAACUACCGGAAGUUUCAUUAAGGAUAGCAGCAUAUUUACGGGGUGUUAGCCCUUAAUCGUCUCUUUCCUUUCUCUCUUUUUUUGGUUUUUUUUUUUUUCCUUCUUUUGUAUACUAUAACGUCUAUGUUUUAUUGCAUUUCGCGAAACUGCAGUAGAAUGAAGAUAGCAAAUUAGACACCUUUUUUUUUUCGUCUUUCUUUUAUUUGCAUCAAUGAUUAUGGGAAUUGCAUAUUCACAAUUACAAUUGCGUUUUCAUAUUCUUUUUGCUUUUGUUUUGGUCUUUCUUUAUUAUGUUUUCCCAGUUGUUUCUUAUGAUGUUUCUUUCUUAGGUCCUUUUGUGGGAUUCAACUAUUUGUCAGAGCCUAUUGUUUCUGCUAAUACCUCAUAUCAAUUAUAUAAACAGUAUAGGAAUGGGUCGUGGACUCUAAUAUCUUUACCACUUCCUUCUUUCAACGAUUUUUGCUUUACCACUAUUCCCGAUGACAAUAAAUCCUACCUGCCCAUUUUUGACCGAUUGAAUUCUUCUAUAACUGUCCACGAAUUAUUUUCCAAUACUUCUUAUGAGCUCAAUUCGCAUAAUCAUUCAUCUACCUCUUCUCAUUUGCAUUCUAUUUUUUGUGAUGAUUAUUCCCCUUUUCUUUACGGUUUAGUUAAUGCAUCAAAUCUGUCUACUACCAUUACUGAACUUUACCGGUGGAAUUUAACAGAUCCGUUUUCUGCUGCUGAAUAUGUAUAUUCUUUUAAUGGUAACGUCUCUUCCGUUCUGCCAACAGCGAGCGAUGAAAUUGCUGUUUACGGGAAUUUUACACGUAGUACACCCUUUAUACCUACUGAUCAGAUCCAAAUUGCAAAGGUUGGUUUUCGUUCUUCUACUUUAUUAUCCGAAAGCUCUACCAGUACUUCUGUCAUGGAUUUAUCUUGUUAUUCAGACAAUUCUUUGUUUAUUUGGGAUGUGUCUUAUCCAAAUUCGGUGUCUCUUAAUUCUUGGGCCCUUUACCAAAUUGAAUUUUAUUCCAUCCGAAUCUUUACUGACGAUAUAGUUUCCUUUUCAGCCACCUCGUUUCAUUUGACUAAUUCAUAUGAUAAACCUGUACCUUUGACAUACAAACCCGCUGAUAAUUCUAGCUUUAUAAGCUGUAGUUUCAAUUGUUCCCUAGAUUCAUCGAAACAAUACCACGAUUUCUAUUUUCCUGAAGGUUGGACCGAUUAUGAAGUAAAUGUGCAUCUUUACAAUGAUGCUCCUGGUGCCGAUUUAGUCGCUGUUAAGGGUAUUCAAUUUUUUCAAAAGAACGCCGUCUCUUAUUUUGAUAAUUCCUUUAAUCAAGAUGCCUGUCAAUUCCCUGGUUACAAUUCUCUUUCAAAGCAUACCGGGAUUUGGAAACCUUCUACGCAGAAUGCUUCUAUGCCUUAUUGGAUUUCAUCUCCUUCUUUGGAAAAUGCUACCGCUACAUUCAUACCAAAUAUAACGUACUCAUCAAAUGUUUCAUUGGAUUUAAUGGUCCCUGGUUGUCAUUACGAUGAUACUUGUUCUUAUCGAAAUGAUGCGGUUGUUAAAGUUCAUUACGCUGAGAAUGCGUCUCCAAGCCAGAAGGUGAUCUCUCAGCGGUAUUCUUAUAAUAAGUAUAUCAGAGUAUACAGUGGUUUUGUGCAAGGGUCUUCUUCUUCCUUUCGACCUUAUGUGGAAAUUCUGCCUUUCAAUAAUAGUAGCUUGGUUGCUCAUUCUCUCCGUUGUGAAGAAAAUAUAUGGGACGAAACUAGUAAGGGUCUUGUUUUUCUGUCAUUUUCUCAUCCGAAUAAUUCUAUGAGACCAAGCAACAUAUUCACUACUGAUGAUAUUUCAAGCGAGUUUGUGAACGCAGUUCAAAAUUGCUCUUUAGGUAUAUGUAUUGGUGGUGACUUUAAUUCGAAAUAUGGAAGGAAUCUAAUAUAUAUAAAUUCGUCUAAAGUACCCAAGUCGUUUCCAGGCUGGGGCAUGGACGGAGCGGUUACGGAUAUACUUGACUAUGGAGGUGUAAUGUAUAUAUCUGGUUUAUUUCAAUCACUUAGCGAUCAAAGUCAAGUUUUGAAUUAUGUUGCUCAGUUCAAUAACGGUAUUUGGGAACCUCUUGGUUUUGGCACUAAUGGUGCUGUUAGACGCAUACGCACUAGUAUCCUUUAUGAGUUGGGACAACCUGUUACAUAUAUUUCUUUUCAAGGUAAUUUUAAUACUGUUUACAACAAGGAUAACACGACAUUAACGGUGGAUGGGUAUGCUUUGUGGAAUCCUUCGUCGCAAAGCUGGCUGGGAAACACUGACCUGAAUCCGUAUUUCUCUGGAACUCUUCAAAGUAUUGCUACAAAAAAUGAUUCAACGAUAAGAUUAGGAAAAUUAAAUGCGCUUGCUGAUUACUCAACGAAUAGUAUCAUGUACUUUUCGACUCCUAAAGCCGCUACUUCUUUUGUUCCUGAUUAUCUGCGCUAUAUCCCUUCAGAUUUGCACCUUCAAUCGGUCACAAAUUUUUUUCAAAACACUUCAAUGGUUAUUUUGGCGACCAUAAACCAAAGCACUCAAGAUAAUACAAUUUCAAAAAUUUAUAUGCUUAACAAGACUGGUGUUUCAUUCCCAAAACAAAUUUUGGAAUCAAAUGAGUCAAUUUCAAAAGUUACUGCUAUUGCAGAUGAACUUUACAUUUUAUUUGGUGACUAUAAGGAUCCUUACCUUGAAAAUGGCCAUUAUCGCGUUUUCAAUGCUACCGCUAAUACGCUUGUAAAUACCACGUAUCUAACCAAACUUCGUGGUAAAAUUGAUACCAUUUUACCAUCUUAUACCCAAUGUUCUUUUACUCUUUUUGGAGGAAAUAUAAGUACUCUUGACAAUAGUUGUCAGGGACUAUGUCAUCUAAACUCCGUCCAAAAAACGUGGCAGCAAGUACAAUACAAUUACAGCCGUGGUAUUGUACACAGCAUGGAAUAUAUGAACGAUGAACACACUAAGCUUUUAGUCGGCGGAGACUUUUCUUUUGAAGAUGGAAGAAAAGAAUAUUUGAUGAUUUAUGAUACUGAAACUCAAACUCUGUUUCCUUUUUCAAAAGAUCUUUCUAUUUUGGGCCCAGUAUAUUACACAGCUAGAUAUCCCACCAGUGCAUCCUUCAAUACUUCCUCAUUUCUGUUAUACGGGUAUAGCACUAGGCCCAACGUUCCCUACUUUAUUAGUUUAGAGGGGAGUGAAAUCGAAGAUAUUUCCAAUGGACUAUCAUUGAAUCAAUCAAAAAUAAAGUCUUUGGGUGUAUUCGACGUUAAUGCAUUUCCUGAUGUCCCAAUGAAUGGAUCAGUUGCUGUCGUAUCAGGACUGCUUACUUUAGAAAACCAAAAUAGGGUUUCUGCUGCUUAUUUAUUCAAUAAUACCUGGUUUCCAUUGUUGACAGCUGUUGAUGGAAAUGGCGAUGUACAAUGUAUUGAUGAUGUUGUUGUACAGUUUUCAACAUUACCUACUAUUCGAACAGUACAUCCUCCGAGACCCGACAAAAGUGUCAAAAGCACGCGCCACGUUGUAAUCAUCAGUCUCUGUCUUAGCAUGGUUGUAAUGUUUUCCAUAAUGUUAAUAGCUACUAUGUUUGAGAUGGUCUUUUGCUUUUUGCAUCCACACCCUUUAGCUGUUGGUGAUUAUGCUAAUUAUAUUCAGUUCGAGGAAUCAUAAACCCAUGAAAAGUUUAUGAGUCAACUGUAAUUCAUAUAUUUUGUUAAUUUUACUUGUUUCGUACUAAAUUCGUUCUUUUGGUUAAAUUAAUUCGCUUCUUUUUUCGUUCAUUUGAAAGGUUGAUUUUUGUUCAUAAGAUG